AGAAGUUAUAAUAUUAUUUAAAUAGCUCUACACGUAAUUUUCUCACAUUAAAUAUUUUCGAGCUACCACAGAAUACAGCAGAGACAAAAUGCUCUUUGAACGUUUGGGUCACCGCGUUCUAAAAACGAAGGAUAUUGCUAGGUUAUUUCUAUGGGCACCUAAAGCCUUAUUAAAAUCAUUAAUGUUGUGGCCCGAGAAAGGAAUGAACUUACUACUGAUGAGAGCCUACUACAUAUUUCUACUAAGUAUUAAUCUAUUUGUCACCUAUGGUAUCGUCCAGUACACGAUAACAUAUAAAGAUCAGUUUGAUAAAUUUGCGUAUGGAUUAUGUGUCUGUAUAAUACCAAUUUUGCAUCUUUUAAAAGGCCCCGCAACGUGUUACAAUAUCAAAAAAAUGGAUCUCCUGGUAGAGCAAGUAAUGCAAUACUUUUGGCCAUAUGAUUUACUUGGUGGCCAUUCCCAAAAGUAUAUAGAAUCUCUUUUCUCUUAUCUUAAGACACUCCAACUUUCAUUUUUUAUAUUAGGUCUCCUUUAUAUCGGUACAAUAUUAUCUUCACCAUUAAUUUUGGCUACAGAAAGAAGUUUACCCUUUCCGGCAAAAUUUGAUUUUGAUCACACCGUUUCGCCAGUAUAUGAAAUUAUGUAUGUUAUUCAAAGUUUUUUUAUAAUCUUUGUCGCAGCAAUCUUAGGACUUGGCGUAGACUUGUUUGUAUUGGCUAUGUGUGCAUGCGCAGCUUCUCAAUUUAAGUUAGUUGGGCAUUGCUUUUCUCUACUUGGAACACCUGCUGUUAAGAAUGUAAACCAUAAACUGGACAACAUGUUUUCUGCUGAAUUUUGCGGAGAACAGGACGAAAAUAAGAAGCUUUUUAUUAGAUGUGUUAAACAUCAAGAAAGACUAUUUAGAUUCGUUAAAGACUUAAACGAAGCUUUCAAUUUCAUUGAAUUGGGACAGCUGUUAUUAAGUCUAUUUGGAGUGUGCUUAAAUGCUUUUAUAUUGUUAUCUAACUCCGCCCUUGCGCAAUCUCUUGGGUCCAGUUUAUUAGCGCUAGGUUUUACUUUGCAACUUUUUUUGGACUGUAUUAUAGGAACAGAAUUGGUUUAUCAGGCUAAUUUAACUUCAGACUAUUUGUUUAACAGCAAUUGGUGGAGUUUGGACAAGAAAUUAAAAAAGGAUAUAGCAUUCGUUUUACAACAUUCUCAAAGAGUUCAGCAAUUAAGCGCUUACAAAUUAUAUGAUAUGAAUAUGACUUCUUGGAUGAAGGUUUUAAAACUAGCAUUCUCUCUGUUUACUGUUUUAAAUAGAGUUUUGAAGUAGUUGUAAACUAGUAUGGACUUUUAUAACCUAUUGAAAACGAUUUAAUGACCGGCCUGUUUUAUGCUACAAUAAAUAUCAGAAUCAUUUAAA